AUGGUGACGCGCGAUCCGUGCGGGCGGCCAACAACUACGACGAAUACCUGCAAGGGUGUGGAGGAAGGUGCUGAUGCCUUGCUACGAAGCCGCCGCACGCGCAGCGUGGACAAGGGCUUCGACGCACCUUGCGCGUUACAGACUUCGAAACCCGUGCCCUGUGCACCGUAUACUUUGGGCAUGGAGGUGCCUGCAUUGGUCCCCUUCAGUUUAUGGAUGCGCCACACGGACGUUGUCAUGUUCUUCGGUCCUGCGUUGGUGCCGACUGCCAACGCUUGCAUCGAGGGGAUGAACAGUGUAGUUGUGAAGGUUUUUAUUUUCCUUUUUUUUGGUGGGGGGGUCCUGUUCUUGUCUGUUGUUAGAAGAAACUUGGCUGCAGCGCGGCAGAAGGGGUUCCUGUGCGGGGGAAACGUGGAUGGAGGGAGCGCCUGA